AUGUUCAGAAAGAAUAACGCCGUCGCUUCUCCGCCCAAGACUCCCGAUUCGGAGUCGGCGCGUGGCACGGCACGCCCGAGGCCAGCACGGAGGUCCUCGGAUGCUAUCUCGGCCGCUGUUCUAGCCGCCCCGAGGCCAACGCCGGCUCAGGCCCGGCCGCCGCCCAGUCCAACAACCACGGACCCGCGAGAUCGACCGCGUCGAUCUGUCGACGCCCAAGAACCUCCGUCGCGUCACCAGACGGUUGAUGACGACCACGGCCAGCAUGAUGAUGCCCGGUUCGUCGGUGACUUGAACCCUGAAGGUGCCUUUCUCGCCGACAGCCCGGGAACAAGCCGCGGAUACGCAGAGUCAAAUUCCGUAGGCGUCUGGUAUUCCCGCCGAAAUGUGAGGGGCAGCGAGAUCAGCACAGAAGUGGCAUCCGCUGUCUCAGCUGAUCACGCCGAGCACCAAUUCCUCGCUGUUCUCCCGAGGAGGGCCUACUACGAGAAGCUAGAGAAGAUCUACCUCCGUGAUGUCCACAGGAUAUUCCCCGUCCUCAACCUAGACAUUCUCAAGAAGCCGGUCUCAACCACAUCGCAAAUCCUCUGUAAACAGGCCAUCUGUCUGGCCGCAGGGUCCAGUCCCAGCGCCAAGCCAUUCCUGAGUCUCGGAGAAGACUCGACAAUCAUUCUGACCUACCCAGAAUUUGCCCAGCGAUUAUCCUCCGCCAUUCGCAAAGCCAUCGGUCUAGGAUUGGUAAAAGACAGAGUCCAGACAACGGCAAUCCUUGUCAUUCUCUCACUGUACACCCAUUUCUCCGAGGAUCGGCAUCUUUCAGCAGAGUUGGCCGCGCAGGCUGUCAGCAACGCGCAAACAGUCGGGCUUCAUCUUCAAAACCCACCGGCAAGGAAUGAUGACCCAGCCUACCUCACUCGCCUGUUCUGCUGUGUCUGGGCUACGGACAUACUCACCGCUGCCUUUCAUGGCCGCCCUGUGAUGAUACACGAACGCGACCUUGGCAGGGAUGUACAGGCGUGCAUUCGAGAGCAAGAUUGCUGCUUCCGCCUGUUUCUCGACAUCGUGGCACUGUUGGGUCGAAUCAUCGAUCUAUAUCGUCCGGCUCAGAAGACUUCGAGUUGUCUUGUCAUGGAAGAUCUCCCCAGUUUUGAGUGUCUGGUUGAAAGGGCCCAUGCGCUUCGCGUCGAUUCUCGACUGCUGGGUAAGUCGAUCAAUGGCGAGAUCACGGGACGCUUUCAGCUGACUAUCCCAGGAUCCCUUGAACUUUUGUACCAUGCCAUCGCCAUUCUCUCAUGCAGAGUACCGGUUGGACCCUCGCCAUCUGAGCACGCAUCCUUAGCAUAUACGCGCCAAUCCCUGUCCGCCAUUAAAGUGACAACCAUUGUGGAAGACUUCGGCGCCUCUCUAUCUUACAUGACAUUUGUGCCAUACGCCAUAUCAUUAUCGUUGAGAGUCGCUUAUCGAGAACUUCGAUCCUGUAAAGUUCCGAUGCUGACCGUCAGAUCUCGACGGCAGCUCCAGACAAUUUGUCGAAUACUCAGAGAUCUUGGUGGCAUGUUUCGAUCGGCGUUGGUAAUGGUUGACCUUGCUGAGCAAGUACUCCAGGAGAUGGAUCAAGUCUGCUCGAAUGCGGCCAACAAGCAGGAUGAACAAGGAGCAAAUGGAACGAAUGCAGCGAAUACUCCUCGCCAGGAGGGCGCGCCUGAUCAACAAGGGCCCGAAGCUGGAAACAACGCCACGGUUAGCACAUUUCCAGAGCAGCAAGGGGACCUGAUAGCGACUUUUGACCCCUCUUUCUACGAAGGCCCUGCUGGCCUCGACGUUUUCGAAUACUUCGAUCCUAGCUUCGACCUCAAUGCCAUCGACGCCAUCUUGGGAGGCGAUGCACCUCCUGAAUUCGGCAAUAUGGCACCCAUGCCGUAG